CCUGAAUAUUUCUCAUUUCUUAGUCAACCCCCCCCCCUUCUUUCCUUUGCCUAUAAUUUUUUAUACAAUAAAAAAAAAGGCAGCGUACUUACUUAUAAAAACGAAUGGAUACACAGCUUGAUCUUAUUGAAAAGACACAACCAAAAAGAGUCUUAUCAUCGAUAGAAAAUAGGAGUGAAAUGUUUGAAGAACAAAGAUUGAAUAGUGAAGAUUUAAAGUCUCAAGUUAAUAAUAUCCGACCUAUUUCCAUGGAUGUGCAUGGGACGAAACGAUACUCCAUCCCACAAAAUUACAAGGAUAGCUUUUAUGCGAUUCAUCACAUUCAUUCCCCCAAUCCUACUACAGCCGUGCCAAUGACUACAAUAGUCAGCAGUCCGGAAAAUACAGAACCCUUACCGAAAAAGAAGUCUAUUUCUACUGCUACCACCACUACUACCACCACCACCAUGCGUGGUCGUAAACGCCAGGACCUUACAAAGUCAACUGAUCGUAAACGCUCACGCCAGCACACCACCACCGCUAAUAAAGCCCGUAAAUCCAGUCUUGGAGAUCUAAUCUCACCCACACUUUAUAAAACCUGUGUGGGUCUUUGGCCCAAAGAACAACAUUCUUUAGGGGAUCUUGGGUACGAUCAUAUCAAGGCACUCAGUAAUUUACUCAAAGUUAGACUCUGUCAAGCAAAGUUCAAGAUGAUGGCUAAAUUAGAUGGUGAUAAUGAAUUGUUUACGUUUUUAGCAGAGGAAUAUGCUACACCUAAGCAUCAAUCGACCCCCUCCAUUCAGUUCUCUGGAAAGAAACAGAACAAGUCCAUGGCUGUAGUGGUUGGUAACGGAAAGAAUUUGUUUAGAAGAAAUAACAAUUGCAAUCCAUUGGAUGUUUUGGCACCUUCCACAGAAGAAGCAACAGCUACUACACCAACAGGAACAGGAAGCGGCGCAGCAAAGACAUCAAAAGCAGCAAUAAUUCCACCAGCAACCUCAGAAGCAACAGGAGGAGCAGGUGGAGGAGAAAAGCCCAAGAAGAGAAAGGUGGGCCGCCCAAUUACAACUAAUGUCAAGGCAAAACGAUCCAAAAAGAAAUCGGCAACUUCUGAUAUCGUGCCCGUAACAUUAUCGGAUGGUACAUCCGUUUAUGUAUGUGAACCAUGCCACAAGAAAUACAAGAAUCGAAACGGAUUAGCUUAUCAUUUACAACGCUGUAAGAACAGCAGCAGUAACAAGGAUGAGGAGGAUAAAUCCGAAAGCAUCAUCAAUUGCAUAUGUUCACAAAACACGGAUGAACACGGCACAAUGGUACAAUGUGAUAAAUGUCGGAUAUGGCUUCAUUCAGAAUGUGUAGGGCUUACAGAAGAAGCGCUUGAUGAUUCUUUCCAUUGUACUAACUGUAAAGAGCGAAUCGAGAAAGAUCUACUGCAGACAUUGAUUGAUACUCAAACAACAAGUGAUCGUGAAGAACAAAGCAUCUCAUCCCAAGAUCAAAUCAGCCAUCAUUUACAAGAACUUUUCCGGACACCCAAAGAGGAUGAAGAAGAUGAUUUGAUGCAUGCUCCCUUAGAGUAUCAAGAUGACUGUUCUGAAGCUGGCGUGCCUAGUUCAACUCAGUUACAUGUUUGGGACGACUUCAGUUUCUCUUCCACCUUGGAAAAAUCCAAUAAUGAAGCAUGGAAUGUGUUGGAAGAGGAUUAUGAAAAUGACGUACCUAGUUCAUCUUGGACAAUGAAUGAAAUUGGCCUCUUUAAUCAACCCCCUUCUCUUUUAUUUUCGGACAUGAGUAGUGCAUUGGAAGAGGAAACCACUACACCCCUCUUGAGUGAUUUAGCUACUCCUUUACCCGUCACUGAAACUACACCUGUGCCUGUCGCUACUCCCACUUCUGUAACAGAUACACGUGAAGCUACCACUCCAGCACCUUUGCAUACAGCAGAUGGACUCUGGUUUCAAUUUGCUAACUUUGACGACGAUUACCAAUGCGAGACAUAGUUGUCCUUUUUUUUUUUCUAAAGAAGAAAAAAUAAAACAGUUUAUUAUUUUUAUUGGAAU